AUGUCGAGAGGACCAGGUCGUAUGCUGCAGAACUUGACACAGUUUGCUGAUGCUCAGUUCAAGCAAUUCUCUACUCGUUAUGGACAACAAGUCAUAGACAUUCUCGAUUUCCCUAUCAAAGUUGUCUUGUCUCCUUUCACUCUCGCCUUCGACAUCGUUGGUUCUGCACCUCGCGGUUUUGGCAUCCCUGAAUUCAUCUCCAAACUAUCUUAUCUUUCUGUAUUCGCAGUUGCUACACUGGGAACUUAUGACAUUGCAUUGGAUUUGGGAAAGAAAGUCAUAUGCCAAAGGGAUUGCAAAACUUGUAACGGGUGGCAGGCGUUACGGUGCACCAUGUGCAAAGGAACAGGGAGUGUUCAUUACCAAAUCAAAGAUUACAACUUGAGAAGUGGAGAGAAGCCAACAGCAGAUUGUCUUGCAGAUGCCAUAGUUGACAAUCGAGCUGAGUUGGUUCAUCUUCCCUCUUCCCUCAACCUCAGUGCACCAUUGCCAUCAAAAGACUGCCCAACUUGUGAUGGAACAGGUGUGAUGAGCUGUCCUGAGUGCAAGAACAAGCUGCAAGUCAGGAUCUCGGCUGAUGAUAUCAUGGAACCUCCAUGGAAAGCCUACAAUGUACUGAGGAAGAUGGAUUAUCCCUACGAGCACAUUGUUCACAGCAUGAAAGAUCCCAACAUUGCAAAUUUCUGGUUGAUCACUUUGCCUCAGAUUGUGGGUGGGUUUGAUUAUGAUGAAGAUGUCAAGAAGAAAAUAUGGUGGCAAUACGAGGAAUCUAUGCGAUAUGAUCAACUUCGGGACUUGGUGGCUAAGCGAAACCCUGGCUGGGAAUAUUUGCAGGAUGCCUUAUUCUCCAUUGAUCCUGUCCGAGCUCGGGAAGACCCCGUCAUAGUGAAAAAUGUCCCUUUUUACAAGGCUAAGAAAGCUUUGGAGGCUGAAGUCACAAAGCUCAGUCCACCUCCCCGCCCUCAGAAUUGGGGUGAACUGAAUCUCCCAUUGAAUACUUCCUCUUGGAGUGAAGAAGAUCUAAAAAAUCCAGCAAAAUUGUACGAGAAGACGGUUCUUCUCAAUGCUCAAAGAGAAAUCGCAGAUAAAAUCUUGGAUGCACAAUGGGAAGCUAAAUGGCGUCAAGAAAAGGUGGAGGAAAUGUUGGAGGAGAAGGUGAGACCUUUCAUCCAAGACUCAAGCAUGGGUGUUCUUCCGCAGCACAUUUUGUUAAAAUCGCAUAAGAAAGAUCAAAAGGGAAACCGGCAAAGGAAGUGGUGGUUCUUUUGA